GGGAGAAGGAAGAGUGUAGCCAGAAAGAUUCGCCCUGGGACAUUUGCAAAUCCUAGGGUGCCACUGAAAGGGGGGGAGUAGGAGAAAGGCAGAGCGACAGAAAAGCGGAGCUACUCCCAGCAGCAACAGCAGCAGCUGUCUGGAACUGGAUAUAUACAUACAUGCGUACGUACAUGCACACACAGGGGGAAUUCAAGCUGAAGCUAAUGGCAGGGAGAAGGGGUUUCUGCUGUGCAAAGGGCUGUGCGUUUCAGGGAUGAAACUAAAAACUGAAAGAAGCGGCAGCGCUCCUGGGAAUGUGUCAUCUUGGAAGGGAGGGAGGCAGGAAGGAAGGAAGAAAAGGGGGAAGAUAACUGGCAUGUGGAAGAAGAUGGGAGCCUAAUUCACUGCUGUGCAGAAGGGAAAUUCAACUUGUAGAUCUGAAAUACACGAGGCUGAGCUUGGAAAUGAGAUCGGACCUGCGCUUGAAAUAGAGACAGAGGAAAAGGGAGGCAGAGACUGGAGAGCUUUUAUCCUUCCCCCUCUCUCUCUUUCCCCUCUCCCCAAAGAAGAAACAGAAGUUUAUGCGUCUUGGUGCUGCUGGAUCUUUAUAGCUGCUGGACAAAAGAUGGAGAGGAAGCUGAAAUGAAGAGCAAAGGGAGCCCGGUGCUUGUGAAAUCCAGAGCUAAGAGGACAAAUCACGCCUCCCCAGGGUUCUUUUGUGCCCCAUCGGGGGAGUUUUAACAUCAAAAAGAUUUUGAGAAAUGUGGGGGGGCAAAGGGGAGAGUGGGCGUUAAAAACACGCGUCCCAAGUGUUUAAAAAAUAACGAGGGGAUGGAUUUAUUCUUGACAGCUGGUGGGAACCUUGAAUUUUUUCCACUCCCUCCCUCCCUCUAUUCCAUUUACUGUGAGAUUAUGAAAAUGCAGAGGAGUUGGAGAGAAGGCAAAAGGAUAUAACGUGGAGUUUGAAGCGAGGAGAGGGUGCUGAUGCUGUGGAUUGCUGGCUUCUUGCUGAAAUCAAAAAUCCAAUUGCGCACUGGGUUGUGAUUGGAAAUCUAAUCAGAUCUCUGGAGGGGGGGAGAGAGACUAAAAGUUUAUUCUUUUGAUACACACAAAGAAAAAAUUAAAUGCAAAAGGAAGUUCUCUGCUAAAGGAGUGUGAGGCAAUAGGGAAAACAGAAGAAUGGGAACCCCCGUUCUAAUGUGGAGGCGCACAGAUUGGAUAAUUGAUAGUGCAGCAAAGAAGGGGGAAGAAGAAAAUUGCCUGGCAAGACCUGGAUCUUAACAGUCACAACAAAAUUACAUUAAAAGAAUACAGAUGGAGGGUUCCUUAAAGAGAAAUACAGCCCUUUCUGCUCUCCUGAGAAAAACUAAAUAGUGAGCAAUGGAGAGCAGAGGAGCCAGAGAGGCAGAAAACCUCAGAAAAAGGAAACUAGGCAAAGGAUGCACAGUGGAAUGAAAAGUUUCGGAAAGGAGAAGGACCAUUCAUCCUCAGCAAGGGUUUUGUUUUUUUCUUGUUACUUUAAACCCCUCUUCUCCAGCAAAGGCAAACAUCGAUGCUACUACCACUACAGCAAUUUUAAGCAGAAAACUUGAAAGCGACAGAGAAAAAAAAAGGACAGAGAAGAAGAAAGAAAAAUUGCUGAAGGAGAAGGAUUCAGCAGUGUUGGCUUUGGAUUGGCACCUCUAUGGACUCAAAGUGAUUGGAAAUUGCGGUUGGAUAUAUUUUAUUUUUAUUUUCCUUUCUUAUUUUUAAUUUCGGUUUGGUUGCUGAAAUGAAAUAGUUUUCCUAACCCCUCCCCCACCCUGUUUUUUUCAUAACCACUCGGAUUUCCAGCUGGAUAGUCUUUGAGGAUACAGGUGGAUGCUCUAGGGGGGUCCAGGCAGCUCUGUGGAACAGUCUCCAAUGGGCUAGUAGGAUGAGAAUGUCCAGGGGUAGUUUGGGAAAUGAGGAGAAGCAUCAUCUCCCCAGACGGUAAAUCUACAGCAAAGGAACCCUGUGUAAUUCACUGCACAGAAUGAAAAGACAACCUGAAGUUAGUACUUGGGCUAUUCAAACUCCAGAAGGACCAAUACCAAAUAAAUUAUGAAUGUUGAACAAGAUGUCCUUACAUCCACAGCAGAUAAUGAUAGGUCCUAGGUUUAACAGGGCCCUAUUUGACCCCCUGCUUGUGGUGCUGCUGGCUCUUCAGCUUCUUGUGGUGGCUGGUCUAGUGAGGGCUCAAACUUGUCCUUCAGUCUGCUCCUGCAGCAACCAGUUCAGUAAAGUGAUUUGUGUACGGAAAAAUCUGAGAGACGUGCCAGACGGCAUCUCCACCAACACCAGGUUACUCAAUCUCCAUGAGAACCAGAUCCAAAUCAUUAAAGUGAAUAGCUUCAAGCAUCUAACAAUUGAAAUAGGGGCUUUCAAUGGUCUGGCCAAUCUCAAUACUUUGGAACUCUUUGACAAUCGUCUGACCACUAUCCCAAAUGGGGCUUUUGUAUACCUAUCAAAACUGAAGGAACUGUGGCUGAGAAACAACCCCAUUGAGAGUAUCCCUUCUUAUGCUUUUAACAGAAUCCCGUCUCUCCGGAGGUUGGAUCUGGGAGAAUUGAAAAGGCUUUCAUAUAUCUCAGAAGGUGCCUUUGAAGGUCUGUCCAAUUUGAGGUAUUUGAACCUUGCCAUGUGCAACCUUCGAGAGAUUCCUAACCUCACGCCACUUGUAAAACUGGACGAGUUAGAUCUUUCUGGGAACCACCUGACUGCCAUCCGGCCAGGUUCCUUCCAAGGGUUAAUGCAUCUUCAAAAAUUGUGGAUGAUACAGUCUCAGAUUCAAGUGAUAGAAAGGAAUGCUUUCGAUAACCUUCAGUCACUUGUGGAGAUCAAUCUGGCACACAACAAUCUAACACUGCUGCCUCAUGACCUGUUCACACCACUCCGUCUAGAAAGGAUCCACUUGCAUCACAAUCCUUGGAACUGCAACUGUGAUAUCCUUUGGCUCAGCUGGUGGAUUAAAGAUAAGGCACCCUCCAAUACUGCAUGCUGCGCCCGUUGCCACACACCUCCCAGUUUGAAAGGAAGGUACAUUGGUGAGCUGGACCUGAAUUACUUCACAUGUUAUGCUCCGGUCAUAGUGGAGCCACCAGCGGACCUCAACGUCACAGAAGGCAUGGCUGCAGAGAUGAAAUGUCGAGCAUCAACCUCCCUGACCUCUGUAUCCUGGAUUACUCCAAAUGGAUCUGUUAUGACACACGGGGCAUACAGAGUUCGGAUUGCUGUGCUCAGUGAUGGCACAUUAAAUUUUACAAAGGUAACUGUGCAAGACACAGGUUUGUAUACAUGCAUGGUGAGUAACUCUGUUGGGAAUACCACAGCUUCUGCCACACUGAAUGUGACUGCCCUGGAUAACCCUGGUUACACAUACUUUUCAACCGUCACAGUAGAGACUGUGGAACCUUCUCAGGAUGAGGCACAGACCACAGAGCAGGUUGGGCCCACACCAGUUACCAACUGGGAGACCACUAACAUGACAACCUCACUUACUCCACAGAGCACAAGAUCAACAGAAAAAACAUUCACCAUCCCUGUGACGGACGCAAACAAUGGGAUCCCAGGAAUAGAUGAGGUUAUGAAGACUACCAAAAUCAUAAUUGGUUGUUUUGUGGCUAUCACUCUCAUGGCUGCUGUGAUGCUGGUAAUUUUCUACAAAAUGCGGAAACAGCAUCACCGGCAGAACCAUCAUGCUCCAACACGGACUGUAGAGAUCAUUAAUGUGGAUGAUGAGCUUACAGGUGACACACCCAUAGAGAGUCACUUGCCCAUGCCAGCAAUAGAGCAUGAGCACCUAAAUCACUAUAACUCUUAUAAGUCUCCUUUCAACCACACAACAACAGUUAACACAAUAAAUUCAAUACACAGUUCAGUGCAUGAACCGUUAUUGAUCCGAAUGAACUCAAAAGACAAUGUACAAGAGAAUCAAAUCUAAAACAUUUAUGACAGUAUGGGGUGGGGGUGGGGGUGGGGGACAACGACAGACAGUUUAUAAAACAAAUGACACAAAUGACUGGGCUAAAUCUACUGUUUCAAAAAAGUGUCUUUACAAAGAAAAAGAAAUUUAUUUAUUAAAAAUUCUAUUGUGAUCUAAAGCAGACAAAAUUAUGUGUAUUCCUCAGAACCUGUUUUUGCUGCACUUAUUUACCGUCCUCCUUCCCUUUUUCCUCCCCAACGUACCAUGACUCCCAUUUGCCAUAUUUUUCAUAGGAGAUCUUGAUUCCCUAAAAGAACUGGUCUAGGAAAUUUUGUAAGAAUUCUGUUACGCUUUGGGAACUUUUAUGGUGAAUUCUAGUUGUGAAAUUUGGUCUAUUUUGUUGUUUAUUUUUCUCUUUUUUUCUUUUCACACGCCCUUUUGAAAUUAUUCAACAGGGAAUGGUAUAUUAGCAGCAACUUUACAAGUGGGAAAAAGAAAUAAACAAACCUUUUUUUCUCAUGUAAUGACCUGCUUUGCAUUUACCAAAAGGACCACUCUGCUGUGGAGAAGUGGGGAAAAGUAAAAAAAAAAAAAAAAGAAAAAAAAAGGCCAAGAAAUUAAUUUACUUGUGCAAACAUGUGAAACCCAUGAUCUUUUAAACAAUUCUAGAACCAGAAUUUGUAGUUCAAACACUAAACUAAGAUUAUAAAUAAAAUAUUGUUUUUUCUGUAUGUGGAUAUAGCUCAUUUUUAGUGUGACUUUAAACCAUCAAAAGUUUGUUAAAAUUUUUGCAGUAUUCUUCUGUGAUGGUCCGAAACACAAUCACUUUAAAGAGAAUAAUUAAAGCAUUUUGGAUCAUUACUGAAGAAUAGCGUAGUUUUCAUUUUAUUACAUGUAAACAACAUACUGGCAAACAAGGAUGCUUGACUCUUAAUGCAGAAUUAUGAUGAUUCAUUCUAACAGUAUUUUCAUUUAUCUCCUUUAUGUUGAGAGAAAUAUUCCACAAUACCCAAAGUUCUACAAAAGUUCUGUGAAGAACUUACUAAACAAUGCUGAAAAGCUUUCUUUUUUUUUUUUUCCUGUUAUCCAUAAUUGUCAAUAAGAAAAAUUCAUCUUUCUUUCAAAGCUAGUGUUUUCCAGGUCAGUUGUUUUGGUAGUCCUUCUAGGAGUAAAUAUAAAAUUUGUUUAGAUAGCUAUAAUGCAUAUCAGAUCUGCAUCCCUGUGUACAAAAUGGUACCAAAAUGCUAUUAAAGGAAUAACUCACAGGAAGAAGUCUGAGGAUUUUGGUUUAACAAAGAAGAAAAAUAGAAAAAACAGACUCAGCCACAUCAGCAGAGAAUAUAGGUUACUAUAACUUGCAUGACAAAUUAAACUUCCUUAGAGUAGCUAGUUUAUGUUACAUUGAUUUAAAAUCAUUUACGAAUAGGAAAUGUGCACCCUUUUGCUUCCUAUUGAUAUGUGUCCUCUGGUUUUACCCUACUGGUAUGGGAAUGGUGUAUAGCUUGUAUGCUGAAAGCGAAAAGGACAGUUUUGCAUAAGAAAACCAGCUGUCAGGAGACUAGUCCUCUAGAUGUAGAAUUUCUGCCGGAUAAAGCUACUUCAUGUGUUCACGAGUGAGUAGAAGAAUUUUAAGAAGAUUUAGGUUAGGAAAAAUAAUCUUAUGUAUCAGAUCGGAAUGUCUUUUCACUGAUUUCCUUACUUAACUGACUAUGAGUUUCAGAGUCCUCUGCAAGGUAAAUAAUGUUCUUAGUUCUUAUCAAAACCUCUUUGGGGCAUUCUAGUAUGCAGGAGUAUGCAAGGUGAAGAUCCUACUGAACAGUAUAAUUCUCUUCUGUAAAUUUAAGAAGGAAUAUCUACUGGAAAGGUUGAGAGGGUAAAUAUCUCUUAUAGGAUGCACAAUUCUCAAGGUUGCAAGUGAACAUUACAGGAAGAAGACCUGAUUUAAAGAGAACACUAGAGAUAGGUGACGAUGAAUCACACUCUGCAAGGACUCUGAUAAGUAUAAUGCAGAAUGAAACCCAAAGUCCUAUAAUAAUCUCAAAGAAACAUUUGGCAAGACAUUAUCCUUUUGAUGUAUUACAUGAAAAAUAAUAUCUACACUAAGGGAAUUUUAAUAGAGGACAAAGAUAGACCUGAAUGUGAAAUACUGAAAUCGCCAUUCCUAGCUUUACCUUCUGUUUCUUCAAAGUGCAUUAGAGCAUUUCAUUGGUGAUCUCUUUAAGCAUUGUGAUAAAAUCUGUGCAGAAAGAUUGCAAGUACGCUGCGGUUUGUAUUUUGUCCAGUGUAGCCUUAUGACCAAUGCUUAUCUGACAAUAUAUAAAAAAAUUAUUUCUAAGAAACCUAAAUCUUGGCCAUCUGUAAUCAGCAGGUUUAUGUUAGAAAAUGAUGACUACUCUCUAACCAGUAUUUGUUAAAGCACUUGUGGUCACCGUGGUUUUAUAAGCAUGCAGCUUUUACAAACUCCUGAAGAUUAAGUGGAAGAGGCCUUAAAGGAAAAAGGAAUAGCUAUUGCAAAGCGGGACACAGAAUCAGUAAAGGUCUUUAUUCCUCUUCAAAUUAAUACAAAAUAAUGUCAGUGACUGCUUUAAAUAAUAGAUAUAUUCUUAUUGAGUGUUAAUCAUUCAUUUAUUUUGGCUAAUCAAAUAAAAAAACCAAAUCCUUCAGAUACUCCUGUUUGCUCCUGAUAAGGCUAAAUAAAAGGGAUUUUGGUGUGUUUUGUUGAGAGACGAUAUAUGUGUUAUGUAGAAACCAUACUGGUUAUAUCUUCCCCAGGGAAGAAACAAUUUUUCCUUCUUGCAACCUUAGAUUAUUUGUGCUUCCUUCCUACUUCUGUAACACACCUAUUACUUCUGCAGAUUAACUAGGUGUCAGAGAACCUAACAACUUAAGCUACGAGCUGAGCUCUGCACUAACGUGAGAGGCGCGCUCUGCAGUCUGUUUUUGCUGCUCUGGUCGCAUGUGACUGCAGCCUGCUACUGCUCCUGAGACUACGAUGUUAAGAACCAAGCAGUGGAUCCCUGUAUGGCAGAGCACAACUGCUAGAAAGCUGUAAUGAAAUUUCCCUUGCAGGUAACAUACUGGAUGGGAUAAGAUGUAAAAUAAAUCGUGCAACAAAACUG